UAUGGCCUUACGUGUGUUUCUUUUAUUUGUGUUUGGAAAUAAUAUUGCAAUUUACGAUGAAAUCUAAAUUAUUUACAGUGACUAACUUCGCGAUAACAUCAAUAAGCUUAGGUUUCAUUCAUAUCAGUAAUCAUGCUGUUUUUAGAUAGAUCGAGGCGUACCGAAGCAAUGUCGUUCGAAUCCAAAAAGCACUUCCAAAUAAAAAUGAUUAUAGAUAAGUGUAAGACCGUGUUAAUUUUAUCCAGUGUUAUUUGUACUUUUGGUGUGUUAAUUUCUUUACACAAGCUACUCAGUCACGAUGUUAGGUUGGCAAAGCCGUUUUCACCCAUACCAGCUGGUUUAUAUGGAAAUUAUCUCGAGCCGUUCGUCGAGGAAUUUCCAUCAGAGACGAAGAAACCUGAUAAAGCUCGUGACGCGGAAGCUGUAGUAUCUUUAAACGCUGCGCUAGAGAUGAAAAAAAAUGGUAAGGCUGAUAAAGCUAUGAAACUGUUCCAACACGCAUUCGCACUAUCUCCAAAACAUGCAGAUAUAUUAAACCAUUACGGAGAGUUUUUAGAGGAAACCAAAAAAGAUAUUGUUAAAGCAGAUCAGUUAUAUACAUUAGCUUUAACUAAUUACCCAGAUCACACUGGAGCAAUGGUGAACAGACAACGCACAGCUAGCAUAGUUGAAAAUUUGGACAGAGAAAUGUUACGAAAAAUAGACGAGAAACGAGAUACACUACUCUCUAUACCUGAAAAUAAUGCUGCACUAUGCAGAGCAAAGAAAGAGGCUUAUUUCCAACAUAUUUAUCAUACUGUUGCUAUAGAGGGGAACACUAUGACUUUACAACAAACUCGUAGCAUUCUAGAGACUAGGAUGGCAGUAGCAGGAAAGAGUAUAGCUGAACACAAUGAAAUCUUAGGUUUAGACGCAGCGAUGAAGUAUAUUAAUACCACUUUACUAUAUAGACUAAGAGACAUAACAAUGGGUGAUAUAUUAGAAAUCCAUAAAAGAGUUUUAGGGCAUGUAGAUCCAGUGGAAGGAGGACACUUCAGACGGACCCAAGUGUAUGUUGGGGGUCACAUUCCACCUGGACCUUCAGAGAUUCAAAAGCUUAUGACCCAAUUUCUAGAAUGGUUGAACUCUGAAGAUGCAUUAGAGUUGCACCCAGUUAGAUAUGCUGCUCUCGCACACUAUAAACUAGUCUAUAUCCAUCCAUUUAUUGAUGGAAAUGGGCGUACGUCCCGUUUGCUAAUGAACUUGCUACUCAUGCAGGCUGGAUACCCACCUGUGAUCAUAACAAAACAACACAGACAUCUCUACUAUCAAUAUUUACAGACCGCUAAUGAAGGAGAUGUAAGACCAUUUGUAAGAUUCAUAGCUCAAUGCACAGAACGCACAUUAAACUUGUACCUGUGGGCUACCAGUGAAUACAGCCCAAGUAUUCCAGCCAUUGGACACCCGCACAUACUCACUGGAGAAGGUUUUGAAGAAGAACUCUUUUGAUCUGACCUCUAUUACAGCCCCGAAAAUCAACAGGCAAUUUAAUCCAUACGAAAAAGCCAGAGUUUAUACCAAAAUAUUAGAAAUUAUUUUGCUAUUUAAACCUUUGAAGAUAGUUAAUUUUAUCAUUCAAAGUUUCAAAACAUAUUUAUGUAAGCCAACUAACUGGUUUUCAUAAUGAAACAACUGUAACUGCACUGCUUUAGUUAAUAACCAAAUUAGUAAACAAUAGUUCCAUGAUCAAACUCAUAGAUACCAAGUAAUCAUUUGUCAGAUCUCAAGAAGUUUACUCUCAUUCGUGCUUGCUUUUAAUUAUUAUGAAUUUAAGCAAAUCAUAUGGGCAUGGCAGUAGUACUAUCUCAGCCUCAUAGCUACAUCAUGUAUGUGUUUUAUUGAGAUAAUCUUUAAGUGAAAUAAAUGAAACAAAUUAAUCAGGCAAAGCUAAAUUACAAGAACGAUAAUUUGAUCGCGUGUCGAUAACGGAAACUCAGAUUUUGCGUAAAACUCGAUUAUUUAGUAAUAUGUUUUUAAAGAUUUCAGUUGAAAUAAUAUUGUUUGAUUCCUAGCAUAAAAUUCUAUAGAUAUAAAAAAUAACUUCCUUUUAUAUA